AUGAAUUUCAACAUCAAACCCACCAUCACCAUCAGUCUUUCUCUCCUCUCUCACCUAUUCCUCCUCCAAACCCAUGCAAUAAUCUUCACCAUCCAAAACAAGUGCCCCUACACCCUCUGGCCCGCCUCCAUCCCGGGCGGGGGCCGCCGCCUCGACUCCGGCCAGACGUGGACCCUCGGCCUCCCCAACGGGCCCCACCUCGCCAAAAUCUGGGCCCGCACCAACUGCACCUUCGACGCCAGCGGCCGGGGCAGCUGCCUGACCGGCGACUGCGGCGGGCAGCUCGACUGCAAGACCCACGGCGCGGCGCCGCACACGGUGGCCGAGUACGGCCUCAACACCUUCAACCACAAGGACUACUACGACAUCUCCGUGCUCCAAGGCUUCAACGUGCCCAUGGAGUUCCGCCCCAACACCAACGGCUGCACCCGCCCCAUCCGAUGCGCGGCCGACAUCGUGGGGCAGUGCCCCACGGCGCUCAGAGUGCCCGGCGGCUGCCAGAACCCGUGCACGGUGUUCAAAACGACGCAGUAUUGCUGCCACUCGGGGGCGUGCCGCCCUACCGAGCUGUCGCAGUUUUUCAAGAGCAGGUGCCGUGAUGUUUUCACCUACCCUGAGGAUGACCCCACCAGCACCUUUGAGUGCCCGCCGGCCACCAGCUAUAGCGUCGUCUUUUGCCCUUGAAUUUUUUACUAAUUAUUAUUUUCAUUAUUGUUGUUUUUUUUUGUUGUGUUUUGUAUGUGUUAAUGGUUGGUUGAUUUUCGUGGAGGCAUUUUGCACAUGGCCAAUAAAAAUAAAUGUAUUGUACAUUUGUACUCCCUUCCAUGAUUAAAUGUCCAAUAUCUGGUCUACACGAGUUUUAA